CAAAAUUCUCCGGAGGCCGCAGAUCCCAAAAAGCUUCGUUGCUUCGGAUAUAUUGCUGUUGCAGGGACGAAGUAUUUCUCCGUCCAGACAAUGGACAGUAUAAUUUGGGUUGCUUGCGGCGCGGCGCGGUCGUCGACCGUCUGGCAUCCUCCUAGGAGAUUGAGAGAUUAGCUGGUUGGUUUUUGAGUUAGCUGGUUUGUUUUAAGAUGUCGUCUGUUCUCUUCCCAAAGACCUCUCUCUCUUUUUGCUCUCCAUCCACGUAUUUGGAUAACCCACUGUCAUUAUCUCCCAUACAUCACAUCGAGAAUACCCCAUAGAAGAAGAGAAAAGAAGCACAGUCUUCGUCCAGUCCUUACUUCCCAUCUUCUCAAUCAAGAAACGAAUUAACCUUCCCAAAAAUGUUGUUCUCCACCACCCUCGCAGCAACAGCUGUCAUCUCCCUCGCCAACGCAGCAGUUAUGGGAAAGAGAGCCCUCAUAGGAGAAGCAACAUUCUACGGCGGAAAUGUCCAAGGAGGAACCUGUUCUUUCUCAACUUACACCAUUCCCUCCUCUCUCUACGGCGCCGCGCUCUCAGAUUCGAACUGGGAUAACUCUGCAAAUUGCGGUGCUUGUAUCUCAGUGACCGGUCCUUCAGGAAAUGCCGUAACCGCAAUGGUGCGUACAUUUACUAUCAAAAUCUCCGGCUGGAUAGAUAGCAUACUAACAAGGUUAAAUUUAUAGAUUGUAGAUCAAUGUCCAGGCUGUGGCACAAACCACCUCGAUCUCUUCCCAACCGGAUUUUCCGCCCUCGCAGACCCUUCAAAGGGUAUCAUCCCCGUAUCAUGGUCAUACGUCGAUUGCCCCAUCACCGGCCCCCUUCAAUUGCACAAUAAAGAGGGGGUGUCGGCUAACUGGUUCAGCAUGCAAGUCGUCAACGCCAACAAAGCAGUAAAAAGCUUGGAGGUCUCGACCGAUGGAGGCAGCACCUGGAAGUCGACAAGUAGACAAACAUACAAUUUCUUCGAGAACUCUGCUGGAUUCGGGACCACGACUGUUGAUGUCAAGGUGACUAGUUCGAGUGGGGAAACUGUUGUUGUGAAGAAUAUUGUCGUUUCGCCGGGGGCUAGUACCACUGCUGGUUCGAACUUUGGAUCUUCUGGAAAUGUGGUUGCUGCUGCUCCACCCCCAGUAUUACCCCCAUCUCCACCUGCUACUCCUGUUUUGGAAGCUCCUGUUUUGGAAGCUCCUGUUGUCCCUACACCUGCGCCUGUGGUACUGGCUACACCAAAUGCCCCAGCACUUACCACUACCAGCUCUUCCAAGAAGGCAACUACUCUAGCUUGGAUACCCAAACCAACUUCUGUCGAGUUGGAUGCUUGUGGACAAGAGAUUUGAGUCUUGUGAGAAUUGAAACGAUGAAGAAAGGUGAUGCUGUAACGAAAUUAAUUUCGAUGUAUAUAAUUACUAGAUCUGGUCCCCAAUGGCAGGAACCAGGGAUGAUGCCAAAUACAAAAUGUAUCACUUGA